UGGCCACCCAGUGGCCCCGCUGCCCCCAUGGAUCCGCUGAACCUGUCCUGGUAUGAUGACGAUCCAGAGAGCCGGAACUGGAGCCGGCCCUUCAAUGGGUCUGAAGGGAAGGCUGACAGGCCCCACUACAACUACUAUGCCAUGCUGCUCACCCUGCUCAUCUUCGUCAUCGUCUUUGGCAACGUGCUGGUGUGUAUGGCUGUGUCCCGCGAGAAGGCGCUGCAGACCACCACCAACUACCUGAUCGUCAGCCUCGCUGUGGCUGACCUCCUGGUGGCCACACUGGUCAUGCCCUGGGUGGUCUACCUGGAGGUGGUGGGCGAGUGGAAAUUCAGCAGGAUUCACUGUGACAUCUUUGUCACCCUGGAUGUCAUGAUGUGCACAGCCAGCAUCCUGAACCUGUGUGCCAUCAGCAUCGACAGGUACACAGCCGUGGCCAUGCCCAUGCUCUACAACACACGUUACAGCUCUAAGCGCCGAGUCACGGUCAUGAUCGCCAUCGUCUGGGUUCUGUCCUUCACCAUCUCCUGCCCGAUGCUCUUCGGACUCAACAACACAGACCAGAAUGAGUGCAUCAUCGCCAACCCCGCCUUCGUGGUCUACUCCUCCAUCGUCUCCUUCUACGUGCCCUUCAUCGUCACCCUGCUGGUCUACAUCAAGAUCUACAUCGUCCUCCGAAGGCGGCGCAAGCGCGUCAACACCAAGCGCAGCAGCCGGGCUUUCCGGGCCAACCUGAAGGCCCCGCUCAAGGGCAACUGUACUCACCCCGAGGACAUGAAACUCUGCACGGUUAUCAUGAAGUCUAAUGGAAGUUUCCCAGUGAACAGGCGGAGAGUGGAGGCCGCCCGCCGAGCCCAGGAGCUAGAGAUGGAGAUGCUCUCCAGCACCAGCCCGCCCGAGAGGACCCGAUACAGCCCCAUCGCCCCCAGCCACCACCAGCUGACCCUCCCCGACCCAUCCCACCACGGCCUCCACAGCACACCCGACAGCCCCGCCAAGCCAGAGAAGAACGGGCAUGCCAAAGACCACCCCAAGAUUGCCAAGAUCUUUGAGAUCCAGUCCAUGCCCAAUGGCAAAACCCGGACCUCUCUCAAGACCAUGAGCCGCAGGAAGCUCUCCCAGCAGAAGGAGAAGAAGGCCACCCAGAUGCUCGCCAUUGUUCUUGGUGUGUUCAUCAUCUGCUGGCUGCCCUUCUUCAUCACCCACAUCCUGAACAUACACUGUGACUGCAACAUCCCGCCCGUGCUGUACAGCGCCUUCACGUGGCUGGGCUACGUCAACAGCGCCGUGAACCCCAUCAUCUACACCACCUUCAACAUCGAGUUCCGCAAGGCCUUCCUGAAGAUCCUACACUGCUGA